CGAAGAAGAAGAAGAAGUCCCCGCGAUGUCAACAAAGGAUAAGUCGCCAUGUUGGACUGAUGGGAAGCAGAUAUUUCGCUUAGUUUGGUUCAGAACAGCCUUUUUAGCGCAGUUUGUUGUCUGAACAGAAUCUAGGUUCUGGUUCCGGUUCGCUAUGAAGCAUCUCAGAACCGUAGAGGAAACUUUUGGCCGUCAGACCGAACUGGUUCUCCAGCUGCUGCUGGAGGCUGCUGUGGAAGUUCUACUGGGACAACGGGAACCAGUAACUGAGGAGGUUCUACUGGGACAACGGGAACCAGUAACUGAGGAGGUUCUACUGGGACAACGGGAACCAGUAACUGAGGAGGUUCUACUAGGACAACAGGAACCAGUAACUGAGGAGGUUCUACUGGAUCAGAAACCAGUAGUGGAUUCGAAACCAGUAACUGAGGAGGUUCUACUGGAGGAGGAACCAGAAACGGAGGUGAUGGGUCAGGAACCAGUAACUGUGGAGAUUCUGCUGGACCGGGAACCUGCUGCUGAGGAGGUUCUACUGGGGCGGGAGCCAGAACCGGAGGAGGUUCUGCUGGAGAAGCAGGAACCAGAAGAGAAGCGGAAUCAGCUGAGCAGUGUUCUGGUUCUGAUGUCCAGAGAGGCGGUCCGUAAGAUCCGCAGCAUCUUCAGAGAACUCUACCUGACCGUUCUGACGGAGAACGAAGCUCUGAAGGACAAAGUGAGGCGACUGGAGGGGGAAGAACCACAGAAACCAAAACCCGCCGCUGCAGUGAAGAACCACAAGGCUCCCAAAGUUCGGUCGUCAGUUUUGGACCCGUCAGUCAGGUUGGCUGAACUCCAGGUGGUCUCGGUUCGGCCCACCUGCAGCGACCCGGUUCCGGCGAUCUUCACCCACCUUUCUGUCCAACAGCCAAUCGAGCGACAGAACAGCUGCUGCGUUCCAGUGCCGCAGGAGAAGACGGAUCUGGUUGCUCCAGGCUCGCCGCAGGUUGAGGCUGAGGUGGUUUUAGAGACGACCCAGAUCUCCACAGAACCUGAGACCAAAGACGGACUGGCCAAUGGGCUUCCAGGAGGCGACCAGGUCCAACCUGAGGAAGAGGGAACCGUGGGAUCAGAAACUACAAAAGAACCAGACCCUGGUUCUGAGGGUCCGACGGGCCUCGAGAGUCCAACAGCUGCGAGCGCGGAGCAGCAGAAAGAGCAGGAGCGCUGGCGGCGGCGGGAGCUCUACAAGGAGAAGCGCUUCUUCUGCGAACUCUGCAACAAAGGCUUCCACCAGAACCACCAGCUGACCAAACACAUGGCCAGCCACCGCAAGCCCUUCCCCUGCGACGCCUGCGACAAAGGCUUCUACAAGGCGCACAUGCUGCUCAAACACCAGCAGAGCCACCAGCUGCGGGAGGCGCAGGAGCGUGACCCGGACAAGCUGCUGCAAUGCGACCAGUGCAGCAAGAAGUUCCGCCUCCUGCGACAGCUGCGGGUCCACCAAGCGUCGCAUCGGCUGGAGAAGACGCCGCUGGAGUGCCGUGCCUGCGACCGCACCUUCACCUCUGCUGCAGCGCUGAGGUCCCACGAGGUGUCACACGCUAAGGUGAAACCGUUCAUGUGCGACGUCUGUGGGAAGAGCUUCACCAGGAAGAAGAGCCUGCAGGAGCACCAGAGGGUCCACACAGGGGCGCGGCCGUACCCCUGCCAGACCUGCGGCAAAAGGUUCUCCACCAGCGGCAACCUGCGCGUCCACAAGAGGUCGCACUCUGACGAGCGGCCAUACAAGUGCAGCGAGUGCGACAAGGCUUUUAAAUGCAGGAUGGGGCUGAUGCAGCACCGAGUGGUUCACUCUGGAGAGAAACCCUUCACCUGCCAUACCUGUGGACUGAGCUUCGGCCUCAAGUACAACCUGCAGCGACACCUGCAUCUCCACAACGGAGAGAAACCCCACCGGUGUCAUCAGUGUGGUGAAGGUUUCUCAGGAACCUGGGCUCUGAAAACCCACAUGCUGGUUCACGGUGUGGAGAAGCCCUUCAUGUGUGACUGCUGUGGAAAAACCUUUUUCUACAACUGUCAGCUGCAGAAACACCAGCAGCUGGUCCACGGCAACCUGGAGGGCCGGCUGCCCGGCGCCGCGCACCGCAGGUCCACCGGAGUCAAACCGUUCAGCUGCAAAAUGUGCCUGAAGAGUUUCAGCAGCAGCAGCACGCUCCGGAUGCACGAGAAGAGCCACCAGCAGACCAAGGAGUUCGCCUGCAACACCUGCGGGAAGACCUUCCACCUGCGGCACAUGCUGCAGUACCACCAGCGGCAGCACACCGGCGACCGGCCGCACGUCUGUUCCUUCUGCAGCAAAGGCUUCCUGCAGGCGUCGCAGCUUAGGCAGCACGAGCUGCUGCACACUGGGGUGAAGCCGCACCGCUGUGAGCAUUGCGGCAAAGAGUUCAGGACGCCUCAGAACUACCACCGCCACCUGCUGGUGCACACCGGAGAGAAGCCGUACCAGUGCAGCGUGUGCAGCCGGCGGUUCCGGCAAUCCAACCAGCUCAAGUCCCACAUGCAGAUCCACACGGGCAUCAAGCUGUACUCCUGCGACCGCUGCCACCUGGGCUUCUCCGACUCCCGGCAGCUGAAGAAGCACCGCUGCGGAGACGAGUCGCAGGACACGCUGGAGUCCAGCACCAAAGGCAGGAGACAACGGGACGACUUCGGCUGGACGCCCAACUUCAACAGCUAGACGCUUCAGACUCAACCGGACUAACGACGGAAGGAAACCAUGACUUUACAACAUGGAGACCAACAGUUGAGGUCUAGUAGAUGUGGUCAGCUGUGUUCUUCUUCUGCACACAAAUGGACAUUCUGGUGUUCCGUGCCUUUGUUCUGCAGACAUCCAGACAAACAUUUCUUUUUAAACUCAGGGAUUCAGUAAUAUGGAAAACCCAAAUGCAUCCAAACACUGAUUGGUCCAUCAGUCGAGCCAGGCGUCCAUUUUGUUCCAAACCUGCAGCGUCGGGUGAUCUGAUGGUCCAUUUUCCCGUCAGACUGCAGAGAGAAACUAACCAAUUUAAACCUUUUUAAAUUUAAAUUUGUUCUGACAAAAGUUUGAGGUCAUUUUUCAAUUUGUAGAAAAAAAUAAAGUCAUUAUUUGCACUUGGAGGAAUCUGCUUAGUGUCUGUGCAGUCUGUAAUGUAGAAGAUUUUAUGGGUUUCUGGAAUAAAACUAUAAAUAAAAUGCAAUAAAAGUCUCAUAGAGACAGAGAGUUCUUAUAAUAGUAAUCAUGAAUUAAAGCAGGAGUCAGCGACCUUCACCAUCCUGCCUUAGCAAUAAAACCUAUAUAAAACUAAA